GCCUCGGGCGGCGGGAAGAGGCGGCGGGAGAAUGGAGGUGCAGGAGAACAGCAGUGAGUCGGCAGACCCUGGGUCCCAGGAUCCUGCCCCGGCCCCUAGCAGGGCGCCUGGCAGCGCCGGCCACUACGAGCUGCCGUGGGUUGAGAAAUAUAGACCAGUAAAGUUGAAUGAAAUUGUCGGGAAUGAAGAUACUGUAAGCAGACUGGAGGUCUUUGCACGAGAAGGGAAUGUGCCCAAUAUUAUCAUUGCUGGCCCCCCAGGAACUGGCAAAACUACUAGCAUCCUGUGUUUGGCACGAGCCCUUCUGGGUCCAGCUCUCAAGGAUGCUGUGUUGGAACUCAAUGCCUCAAAUGACAGGGGCAUCGACGUCGUGAGGAACAAAAUCAAAAUGUUCGCCCAGCAGAAAGUCACCCUCCCCAAAGGGCGGCACAAGAUCAUCAUCCUGGAUGAAGCAGACAGCAUGACUGAUGGAGCCCAGCAAGCCUUGAGGAGAACCAUGGAAAUCUACUCCAAAACGACUCGCUUUGCUCUUGCUUGCAAUGCUUCGGAUAAAAUCAUAGAGCCCAUCCAGUCCCGGUGCGCAGUCCUCCGCUACACAAAGCUGACCGACGCCCAGAUCCUCGCGAGGUUACUGACCGUGAUCGAGAAGGAGAAAGUGCAGUACACUGAUGACGGUCUGGAAGCCAUUAUCUUCACCGCCCAGGGAGACAUGAGGCAGGCAUUGAACAACUUGCAGUCUACUUUCUCGGGAUUCGGCUUCAUCAACAGCGAGAAUGUGUUCAAGGUCUGCGACGAGCCGCACCCUCUGCUGGUGAAGGAGAUGAUCCAGCACUGUGUGAAUGCCAAUAUCGACGAAGCUUACAAGAUUCUCGCCCACCUGUGGCAUCUGGGCUAUUCACCAGAAGACAUCAUUGGCAACAUUUUUCGAGUGUGCAAAACCUUCCAAAUGGCAGAAUACUUGAAACUGGAGUUCAUUAAGGAAAUUGGAUACACUCACAUGAAGAUAGCAGAAGGUGUGAACUCCCUUCUGCAGAUGUCAGGGCUGCUGGCCCGGCUGUGUCAGAAGACAAUGGCCCCGGUGGCCAGUUAGAGUGGACUCAUUGGGCAGGUUAUGAGAGUCCCUGAAGGACAGCAGUCCCGGGGUUCUGCCUUAGAAGAAAAUGCUGCCCAGGCUGCCAUGGAACUCACCUUUCUUUCGUGCGGCACGGCCUUCCUGGUGCCCCCGCACACCCGCAGAGCAUCUGUGUUCAGCCCCAGGCUCAGGAACGUGGUGGCGGGAAAGGCCCCAGAGAACCUCCAGGGCAUGUCACCCAGUCUGGGCAUAUGUUGGCAUUUUAGCUAAUAAAACCACACAACGUUGUCGUUGAUGGUGUGGCAAUGCACGGCUGCAAAGAAA